AGAAAAACACCUCAGUAACUGUUGUGUGGCGUUCAGACCAUUUCAGCACACAUAUAGGUGUGAAAUAUUUGGUGGAUAUACAUUAGAGCCAUGGUUCACCUGUCAGUUGGGGUGUUGGUGUUGUUUUCUCUCCACUGCUCAGCACUCACCUCUCAAAAUGGCUCAGAGCUCCUCCCACGGACUUUCUCUGGUCACUUUGUAAUGGUCACAGAUGAGCCAGUAGAGUACAUUGACCUGUCUGUGUUGGACAGUUUGAAGGAUGAUGGGGGCUCUGGCUCAGGGUUGGAGCAGGAGCCAGUAAAGAGACAUGGCCACCAUGGCCCACACCGACAUCCCCAGAAGCGCUAUUCUGUCUCAGAGGAAGCCAAAGCUUUUCUCCAGGGUCGCCUGGCAACAAGCUUUGUCCCUACCAUUUACACCCUCGUCUUCAUCAUCAGCGUGCCCCUCAACCUUGUUGCCAUGGUGAUGUUUGUGCAUCACAUCCGUCCAAGAAAACCGGCGGUGAUCUACAUGCUGAACCUGGCCUGCGCCGACCUGCUGUUCGGCCUGCUCCUUCCCUUCAAGAUCGCCUACCAUUACCAUGGCAACAACUGGAUCUAUGGCUCCUUCAUGUGCAGAGUUGUCACAGCAGCCUUCUACUGCAACAUGUAUUGCUCUGUCCUGCUCAUGACGUGUAUCAGCAUUGACCGUUUCCUAGCUGUGGUUUAUCCCAUGAACUCUCUGACGUGGCGCAGCCCUCAGACGGCUUCAGCUGUGUGUGCGGCCAUGUGGCUGUUAGCCCUCGGAGGAGUGUUCCCUCUCCUGAUCUCUGGGCAAACCAUCUAUUUGCCAGACCUGGGCAUCACCACCUGCCAUGAUGUGCAGGAUGUGGAAAACCUACAAACUUACUAUCUUUACUUCUUCCCCAUCUACUCCUCUGUCUUCUUCUUCAUCCCUCUUGUCUUUACUGUUGUCUGUUACGUACGUAUUAUUCAGGCUCUGGCAGCAGCCAAUGUGGAAAACCGCUCCAGGAAGACUCGAGCUGUGGUGAUGGCUUUAGUCGUGCUGGUGGUGUUUGUUGUCUGCUUCACCCCCACCAACAUCAUCCUGAUGGUUCACUAUGUUCAGCUGUCCUUUAAGUCCAGUGACAGUUCAUACCAGGCGUACCUGAUCUCCAUGUGUGUAGGCAGCCUCAGCUGCUGUCUGGAUCCAGUCCUCUAUUACUUUGGCUCCUCUCAGUGCCAGAAGCAGGUGGGAGCUCUGCUCAGAUGUAGGCGACUGGUACAAGCAGAGAGCAGCUCAGGAACGCAAAGUACAAGAACCAGCGGGCGGACAGACAGCAGCAGGUCUUGCAAAAUGGAGAGCAUUCAAACUGGCAUGGGGAGCCAAUACAGCAGACUGGUAGCUUAACUACAUGGACAUGAGGAGCCUGCCUGAGACACUCUUCAAAUAUGCACACACACACACACACACACACACACACAAACGUACAGUAUGAUACAUCAUUGUCAGUGUGUAUUGAACUCCUGACUAAGGAAAUGCUGGAUUUAUUUGCACUUACAUUAGCUGAUUGGAUGGAUCAUUGUUUACGUUAAAAACAAUUAGCUAUUUGUUAUUUUGUAAUAAGGAAAUAUAUCCACCAGUAUGACAUGAGUAUGAGUGUGAUAUCAUUAAUUCAUUUAACAGCCAGCCAGUCCGCCAGAUUUUUGUUUCAUAUUUGUUUUCCCAAUGAAUCAUUGGAAUUAAACAGUUACUGUACAACAAUAAGGUUUUAAUCUGUAAACAUUACAUGUGAUGUAGUAACUGCAUUAUUUUAAGGCAAAAACAGCAAUUUUGACAUCACAGUUUUCAUAAUGCAAUUCAGUAUAUCAUCAUCUGUUAUAGUAAAUAUGUAAAAACAUUAAUCACUUCAUGCACUGGCACUCUUGAAGCCAAAAACGUGUUUGUAAAUAGCAACAUUUGUGCUAAAUCAUAGAUAAUUCAAUCAGAACAAAACUACUACAUUAUACAUAUUUCUGCUUAAUACAAAUAGUGCUGUAUUUCUUUGUCUUUUUUUCAUUGCUGCUCACUCUGUACUCUCUUUGUCAUCGGGGCACAGCUCUGAAACACAGGAAAGGAUAAAAAAAGAUAAAAUGUGAGAGAAGAACGGAAGAGAUGAAAUAUUCCCAGAGCAUCAUGGGGCAAUGUUGGCUCUAUUUCCAUUUCCUGGCCAUGUGCAUUUUGCUUCUUGUAAUUCCUCUAAAAAUGAUGGUUGCUGCAUAAAGUGUAGAUUUGAAUGUUGCAUUUGAAAAUACAACAUCUCCACCUUGUGGCAACUUGUAUAAAUGAUAGUGUCCAGUAAAGAUCUCACAGGUCCCAGUCCAUUACAGCUUACUAAAAAGUUACUGACCUGUUUUACCAUCGUAGCUAUGGAAGUUGUCUGGGAAGUUCAGACACCCAACAUGUUUCUUGUAAAUUUCCACAUCUUUGGGAUCUAUUUUUCCUGUCCUUGCUGAAAGAGAAGGGAUGUUUGAAAAAUAAAUAAACCACAUUUGAAACUCUGACAAAA